AUGGGCCUUGCUGCAUCCCGACAAGGCCUGCAUGUUCUUGCUUGCGGUGUAGCUUGCCUGCUGGCAGCAGAAGCUAUAACUCCUGGUCCACACUCUGCAGGCCCGCAAGAUGUGCAGCUGAAUGUGGGCCAAGCUCAAGGCUCAGUCUCAUAUUCCGUCCCUUUGAAAAGAAGGCGACGCCAGGCCGUCAGCUUCACUGAGCAGGGCAGCCUUAGAAGCAGCACGAGGCUUCGGAAACGUGCGCCACAGAGGGAGCAAUCACAUUCCUCGGCCUCACAAGCCAGCGAGUAUUACGGCAUCCUCCAGCUCGGGACGCCACCUCAGGAGUUUGAGGUCGUCUUCGAUACAGGCAGUGGCAAUUUGAUCAUACCAUCCACUGCCUGCGGCAGCGAUGCCUGCAAGAUUCACAGGCGCUUCAACAGCAGCGCCUCGCGCACGGCGGUCGAUGUAGCUUUUGCGGAAAAGCCUGACGAUCAGGUGAAGCCGAACGGAGACCGCGACGUGGUAACCAUCACCUUCGGGACGGGAGAGAUCAGCGGCGUCUUCAUGAAGGACCACAUCUGCUUGGGUGACAUUUGCACACAUGGCAACUUCAUCUCCGUGACGGAGGAAACUGAGCAGCCAUUCAGCUUGGUGCCCUUCGACGGCAUCUUCGGGUUGGGCUUGCCGCAGAUGUCGCAAGCGCCGCACUUCAACGUGCUGGACUGCAUGAUCCGAGACAAGGUUCUGAAGAAGAACCUGUUCUCCGUGUUUCUUGCUGCCGAUGAUCGCGACGAAAGCGAAAUCUCCUUUGGGGAGCUGAAGGCUGAGCGCAUGGCCGACCAGCUCUUUUGGGUGCCGGUGUCCAACCCUGGCUACUGGCAGGUUGAGAUGGAGGAUGUUGCUAUCGGUGACAAGCUGCAGGGGCUCUGCAGCGGCAAGUGCCAGGCGGCUGUGGAUACGGGGACCUCGCUGCUGGCUGGGCCGUCUGAUGUCGUGCGAACUCUGACGCAGAGGCUUGGCGUCAAGGAGGACUGCUCCAACUUCAAUGAGCUGCCGGAGCUUGGCUUUGUCAUGGGUGGUCACACCUUGAAGCUGACUCCGGAGGACUACGUGGAUCGCGAUGGCCGUACGUGCUCUUUGUCGCUGAUGACCAUGGACGUUCCACCGCCGAAGGGGCCCCUCUUCAUCUUUGGCGAUCCAUUGUUGCGGAAGUACUACACAGUGUACGACCGCGAGAACCUUCAGGUGGGUUUCGCCGUGGCCGCCCAGCCCCGACCGAGUGAUGUGAAAGCCUGA